UUUCACAUGAUUCGUAUUAUAAUUUUUUUUUUUAAUUUUAAUUGUGCACUGGCUGAAUAUCUUGUGCGAGUGGAUCAGUUUAAUUUUGAGGUCGGGGAUCGAGAAUUAAUUCUCUCGCAGAGCGCCAGCAUUGAGCAGGACGGAAAUCGUAGCUAUCUCUCCGGGCAUUUGAUCGUGGCUAAGCCCAUCAAUGAGAUUUCGAUGCUCGCUUCGAUGGAUAUUUCACGGCAUAACUUGCCGCGAGUGCACCUCUUCGAUACGAAAAUGAAUCUGUGCUCCUUUUUAAAUAACGAAUAUAAAAGCAAAUUUGUGCAACAGUUUUACAACAGAUACGUCAACUUUAUUAAUGUUCGACCACGUUGUCCACUUCAAGCGAACGUCAAUUAUUCCCUACAACGCAGCUAUAUAGAUGAGCGCAUGCUGCCCGAAUUACUGCCAGAGUGCAGUUAUUUUUUUAAACUGGAAUUUCGAAAUAAGACCAAACACUUGGCCCAAGUCCAUAUUUCGGGCCAUAUAACUCCCGUUGCGAGCAAAUUGCCAACUCCAAAGUUUCGCGUAAAAUUUUAA